GUCCUAGCGAUGCAUCUCCAGAUGAAGGAGUAGUAGAAGAUCUGCCUUUAAUAGACGAGAAAGCUGUGGAGCAGCUAACUGAAGGAUUGAUUUCUCAUUAUCUGCCUGAUCUUCAGCGAUCAAAAUUAGCAUUACAGGAACUUACACAGAACCAAGUGGUGUUACUAGAAACAUUAGAACAAGAAAUUUCAAAAUUCAAAGAUUGCAACUCCAUUCUUGAUAUCAAUGCUUUGUUUUCAGAAGCUAAACGCUAUCAUAACAAGUUAGUGAAUAUUAGAAAUGAAAUGAUGAUGCUCCACGAGAAGACGUCAAAGUUAAAAAAAAGAGCACUUAAGCUACAACAAAAGAGACAGAAGGAAGAGCUAGAACAAGAACAGCAACGUGAGAAGGAACUUGAAAGAGAGAAGCAGUUGACAGCAAAACCUGCUAGGAGGACGUGA